AUGGCGAUGGAGUUCAACACAGAGAAGCUGACCGCCUUCAUCAACACUCUGAACAGGAAGGAGGGGAUGGGCUCCCGCCUGGUGACUGUACCCCCAGGGCCCAGCCUGGCUGACGCCCUGCUCUCUUCCCCUAUCUUGGCUGGAGAGGGAGGCUCCAUGAUGGGCCUAGGCGCCAGCGACUUUGACUUUGGCGUGGACCCCAGCGCUGACCCCGAGCUUGCUCUGGCUCUGCGUGUAUCCAUGGAGGAGCAGAGACAGAGGCAGGAGGAGGAGGCUCACCAGGUGGCUGUUGCUUCUGCAGCCAAUGUCACCACAGUGUACGAAUCUGAGGAGGCCCUGCUAAAGAUGUCGGUGACUCAGCCUGAGACUGGUGGAGCUGCAGUGCUGCCUGACUGCAGCAAUAUGACAGAGGAGGAGCAGAUUGCAUACGCCAUGCAGAUUUCCCUGGCCGGAGAAGAGUAUGGAGAUGUGAUGGCUAUGGACACAGGUGCCCCCAUGGACACUGAGACUGCCAAGAAUCACCUUUAUUUGCCAAGUACAUUUACAGGUACCAGGAAUUUGACCUGAUGAAAUUAUUCUGACAACAAUAAACAGAAUAUACAAUCAGAGCCUGGUGGCUCUUCCUCAGGAGGACGAUGACUAUGAUGUAAUGCAGGACCCAGAGUACCUCCAGAGCGUUCUGGAGAACUUGUUAGACGUCGACCCUAACAAUGAGGCCAUCUGAAACGCCAUGUGCUCCCUGGCCUCCAAGACAGGCCCACCCAAGCCUAACAGCAAGAAGGACGAGGAGAAGAAGAAAUGAGGAAUGGGGACAGACAGACAGAUUGACGACACCCAUGGGACUGCGUCCGAAAUGGCACCCUUUUCCCUAAAUAGUGCACUACUUUUGACAGCACACUGGUCUAAAGUAGUGCACUAUAAGGAAUAGGGUGCCAUUUCAGAUGAAACCAUGGACAACCAGACCAAGACAUGACACAUAUAGGGUAGUUGACACUGACAGACUAGUGCAAGGUUACAUACAGGAACACAGUUGGACGGACACUAAUGCAUGAUAUGACUUACUGAUGACGGACUGUCGACAAUAUCCACAAGAAACCCACAAGCACACACAAAUAGACCAGACAACAGUAAAACCAAACUGGGAUUCCACCAGUCUUUACUGCCAUUCAAUUGGAUAUGAUCUUCUUAUCAGCAUAUCAUCUCAGUGUAAUAGACAUAAUUUCUGGUUUCUCACUGAUUUACCCUGUCUUAACUGACUUACUCGCUAACUGGCAUUAUAAGUGGCAUUUAAUGACAUGUCCCCAAGCUUGUAAACUAAACAGUAUCCAUCUUUCAUUUCUUUCUUUUUUUUCUGUUGCAAUAAAAAAGAUGGAUGAAGCUUGUUUGUAUGAAUGUUUUCUUUUAUGACCCUCAACUCCAAAUAGCUAGAAUAGGAACGUUUUAAUA